AUGGAGCGGGCGCUGGGAGAGCCGGCGCUCGUUCUCUGCAGCGUUUGCCUCGAUAACACAAAGCACGAGGAUCGAUGGCUGCCAUUGCGUUGUAAAAAUGAUCAGGCACUUCUUGUCCGCGACGUGUGUGUGCGUCCGCGUUGUCCACGGCUUCAGGUGCGUGGUCACUUGUGUGUAAGACACGUGCUGGAGCUCGAACUCUCGUGGCAGGGCAACUACAGCGUUCGGACGUGCCACGGCUGCUGUGUCAGUACGUUACAGCUAUAUCACGAAAAGCGUGAUGUCUGGUUUAUUUUCGAGACCAGCGAAUACUCAAUCCACGCGCAUGGCGUCGAGCGACGCGUCAAGACGCAACCCUCGGUCUCUCAAACUCCCUACGCGUCUACGCGUGCAAAUAGAAAAAGACGUACAGGAAAGCGUCAACGACUGCGACGUGGGUCCAGUCGGUUAACGAAACAUCAUGUGCGGGGGGAGCAAAUGCUUGCGUACGAGUGGAGCUUGGGCAACUUGUCGCUGGAGAAGAGUAAACAUCUCUGGAGAGACAACCAGAAGCGCGUCGAGAUGAAGAAAGAUUCAUUGGUUUUGUUUGCUUCUUCCGAAAGUGUUACAGAACAGUCGCAUGAAAAACAAACAUCGGAUGCAGCAAAUGCUCGACCGGAACCACAGGAAGUUUUUUGCGUCACAUUGGGAUGUAGACGUUAUGCGAAGACGGGCUACUAUUGCCGCUUCCACUCGUCAAAGCCACUCGUGUUUAUGAAGCCAGUUGUGGAAAUCAAAACGACGGGGUCGGCUGCUAUUUUGGGGAAAGGAUAG